UUGUCUCGACAUGUCCCUGGUAAGAGGCAGCCGCUUCCUGACGCCGGCCGGGAGGAAGCCGCCCAAAGGCCGAAGGAAGAAGCCGCCGGCCAAGCAGGAGUGGGACGCCACUGUUCAGGACCUCACCGUGCACCGUGCGACUCCUGAGGAACUGGUGCGGCGCCAUGAGAUGCAUAAGUCAAAGAACAAAGCCCUGGUACGUUCGGAAUUGCAAGAGAAGGCGUUAAAGAGCAAAUGGAAGAAACAGAAGGCAAGAGUUCCUGAGUCUUUGGAAAGAAGAAAACUGGCCCUAAUGAGAGAGAUCCUUUCUGACCAGUACCAUAUGCAGGAUGUCCUGGAGAGAUCCGAUCGGGCCAUGGCUGUGGUGAAGGACCUGUUCGGAGAUGCCCCUCGCAGGCACAUAGGCUUCCCGAAUGUGACGGUGGCUCCUGACUGUGACGCAGAAUCCACUCAAGGACCCAUUGCACAACAGCGGGAUCCCCCUACGCAGCUCUCCGUUCUUAGUGAGUCCAUCAUGGAUCCCCAGGCUCUCAAUGAAGUAGGGGAGAGCUCUUCUGGCUUCCCGCUUGAGGGUGAGAACAUCCAAGAUGCGUCUUUCAACUCCGGAUCCAUCACUGACGGAAGCAGGGCGUCCCACCUUCCGAAAGAGAAGGGCUCCCUGGCCAGUUGCCACGGAAAGGCUAUUAAACAGCGAGCAGACGCCACCUCGACGCAGGAAGCAAAUGCGCUUGCGACUCCAGCAGCAGACCAUCCGUCGCUGGACUGUACAGCCCUUAAUGCCACCAACGCUGUGAGGAGAGUCCACUCAAGACUCGAGAACGAGGAGCAGAUUGCUGACAUCACGUACAUAGUGCAGCAGGUCCUGAGUGCCAGCCUGAAGAAGCAGAAGCAGAUUUCAGCCAAAGUGAAGAAAACUCCCACCGCGCUGACGCCAGCCAGACAGAAGAAGGCUCGCUUGAACUCCGCCCCCAUUCCGAGCGGCCGCGUGUCCAGCCUCGAUGUCUUGAACCAGAUGAUGCGUGACGUGGAGCAGGAAAUGGACGACUACGAGCGGUGGACGGGGCAGGAGGUCCAGCAAGCGCCCAGCAGCCACGGGCUCUCUGGAUUUACUUACUCGCUGGUGAACGCUCUGUGUCGGGUGAUGCGCUUUUUGAAAGAGGGCGAGGCAAGACUGCGCCAGGAAGUGCUGAGCAGGCAGCAGCUCGAAGGGGAAGUGAAUGAACAGAGAGCGCUCAUCGACGCCCUGACGGCUGAAAUCCUCCUUGUGAGAGAAGAGAAUCUCAUGUUACAGAGCAAACUUCAGCAGUACAUGUUUGUCACCGAUGAACAGCUGACUUCGCUCACACGCACACUUAAAGGGCUCCCCCCCUCAGAAUCUAAUGGAACGAGAAGCCCAGGGGAGACCGGAGGGCUUUCGAUCCGGAGUCCAGAGGCUGCUCAGGGAGGCCCUCGUUUAAAUUAUGUCGGGCCAAAGACCGAUACCUUCAGAGGUGAAAAGAUGCCGGAGCCCUCGCAAAGAGAUCUUCCCAGUCGAGGCCCAAUGAUGCCGAAUCCUUCAGGCCUCGCAGAAGUUGACCAGGUUUUAUCAGCUCCUCCAAUCCAGCCCGCCAUCUUGCUUUCUCCGCCUCAGCAAAAGAACAGCCAGACAUCGCCGCCUCCUCAGGAUGAAUCCACCAGGAGAGAGCCGGAUCACAAAGAGAGGUCUUCUGUCUCGGGCAAACCGCUGGCGAGAUGGGAGGACGGUGCCCUCUUCCCCCAGAGAGACAGAGUUCCCACGGCAACCGGAGCCCUGCAGAGCUCCCUACAGGCCGACAGCCCCCCCGUCCCAAGCUCCUCUUCUGUGGCGGCGAGACCAGGCCCUGGCGGCUUUGCCGAGAAACCCAGUUUUGGCCCGUCCGCAACGUGUGCGCAGGACGAUGACCUGCAGAGGCAGAUAGCCGAACUCACAUUCCAGAACUCCCUGAUCAGAGCUCAGCUGAGCAAAUUCCUGGAGUCUCCUCCACAGGCAGGCGAGAGUUCUGAGCAGCCAAGCGCAACGCGGAAUGCCUCGGGCAAGGAGGGGCAGGAAAGCAGCCAAGCCCCGAGCAGCUCGGAAGAGCCACCCAAGAGCCUGGACCAGCGGAUAGCAGAGCUGAACCGCCAAAGCGCCGAAGCGCGCGGCAAACUGCUGCAGCUGAUCAGCCAGCAGAAACUGGCCACCUUAGUCUCUGUCUCUCCGCCCAUUUCACCAAUCCCGUCACCCGCUGUAACCCUGACCGAAAGCGGAAGGAGGAAAAUUGAGGUGACUGUUCCGGUGGCAGAGACUCUGGACAGUUCCGAAGAAAAUAUCCCUUCCCCUGCCAGUGGGGCCAGCGCAAGAAGAUCUUCAGGCGCUUCAAGCCAGAUGAGCCUACCACACGGCGCUGCAGUGGGAAACGCACCGCUGAUACCCAACAAUCGCAAGGUUAAGGCUGAAAAGCAAAGAGAAGAAGGAUGGUUUGCCUUGUCGAUGCAUGUGAAGUAGCCCCGUGCCCAGCCUGGGUGUUCAGCUGGUUUUUAAUUCAUUCUUGUACAGUUCUCCAGCCUUUUGUGGCAGAAUCUGGAAAAUGUCUCUUGGCCAAUGCUGUAUGUGGGGACCCCUCCCUGCUGUGUGCUUCACAGGGCUGCUGGUAUCAAUGGCUCCCCACAUGGCCCUCUCUCUGCUGUGGCCUUGAUACCCAAGAGAGAUCCCUUCUGAGCUGAAUACCAAAGAAAACAGCUGCUAGAGGGUUCCCCAUCUGUUCUUUGAGACUCAUCUCUGAUGCAGAACACAAAACGGAGACCUCUGAAAUUGAAACUGCUGUGUGCAGUUAAUGGGUUGGAUUCGGGGGAGGAUUGGGGGGGACAGUUUCGCUUAUCUUACCGCAGAUGUUCUGGGGGGGGGGAGGUCUCAUGUCCCUGCAGGAACAGCAUUUGGGGCUACAGGAGGAGAAAGUAAGCAAGGCAGUUGUGCUACUUGAGUGAAAAUCUCUUCCAUCCGUGGAAUUUCCCCUGGAUCCAAGCUGGUGGUUUUUAGAAGGGCCAGACAUGACAUUGAUAGUGUGACUGGAGAACUGUAAAUUCAUUGUUUUAAGGUUGCAUCUUUUGGAUGGAAUGACAUUGCGGUGGUAUGAAACUGAUUUGGUCUUGACUGUAAUAUUCUAGGGUUUGUGUCUUUCGACAGCAAUACAAAUAAAACUUUUAAAAGAG